AUGAGGACCCUAGCCCUCCUCGCUGCCCUUCUCCUGGUGGCCCUGCAGGCCCAUGCAGAGCCCCUGCAAGAGACAGCUGAGCACACCCCAGCUGAGGAGCAGCCUAGGGCACAGGGCCAGGAUGUGGCCAUCUCUUUUGCAGGGAUUGAAAGCUCUGCUCUUAGAGCUGCAGGCCCUCAGGGGAGAGCCACCUGCUAUUGCCGAACCACCUGCUGUGAUUACCCUGAGGUCCACGUUGGACACUGUACCCAAAAUGGCAGACGCUACAGGUUCUGCUGUCGCUGA